UUCUCAACACCAACACCCCAAAUAAAAAGGAGUGGGUGAGAAUUCUUGAUUCUUAGUGACACAUAGAAAUAUGCCAAAAUGGGUCACAACUCAUCACCCCCACAUCACAAUACUUACAAAAAAGAUGACAAAUUGAUAAUGGGUAUUCAUGUAUAUUCACCGUCAUCUCAUACCAUACACAACAUCUAACCAAGUGGCCACCCGAACCUUCUCCGAGGUCUAGGGUUUGUUUGUCUAUAUAUACACCACAACCACACACCAAUUUCACAUUCAAUUUGAAUCAUUUCAUAUCUCAUAUUUUGAUUUUGUCCCUUUGUUAUUAUUGUUCCUUUUAUCUCCUCUCAAAAUCCCCAAAAUUCUUCCUACAUUUCUCCUUAAUUCGGUUCUAAAUCGUCCGUACAAUUAUGAGGUAUGAGAGCGAAGAGGAUCGAGAUAUGGAAUCGAAUAGUGAUUGUGGGUCGAUUGUUGAAUUAGGGUUCCAGAAGAAGGUGGUUGUUGUGGGUUAUGCUCUUACGUCUAAGAAGAUUAAGAGCUUUUUGCAGCCCAAAUUUGAAGGUUUGGCUAGGAAUAAGGGGAUAUUUUUUGUUCCUAUUGAUCAAACAAGGCCUCUUUCAGAUCAAGGUCCUUUUGACAUUGUGUUGCAUAAGGUCAGUGCGGCCUAUUCUUCAAUAUUGGUCUGAAUACAUAUAUCAACUACAAUGUUAUCUGGGAAGGAGUGGCAACAAAUUCUCGAGGAUUAUCGGCUGACACAUCCAGAAGUAACGGUCCUGGAUCCUCCAGAUGCAAUACAACAUGUUCACAAUCGACAAUCUAUGCUUCAAGAUGUAGCUGAUCUGGACUUUUCUGAUGCAUAUGGUACAGUAGGCGUCCCGAAACAAUUGGUAAUAGAAAAGGACCCAUCUUCCAUCUCUAGCGCUGUUAAGAAGGCAGGAUUAACCCUUCCUCUUGUUGCAAAGCCAUUGGUUGCAAAGUCACAUGAACUAUCACUAGCUUUCGAUGAGUAUUCCCUUGAGAAGCUUGAGCCUCCCCUUGUUCUUCAAGAGUUCGUUAAUCACGGAGGUGUUUUGUUCAAAGUGUACAUUGUCGGGGAUGCAAUCAAGGUUGUUAGGCGUUUCUCGUUGCCUGAUGUCAGCAAGCGUGAGCUGUCAAGAAGUGUUGGUGUAUUCCGGUUUCCUCGGGUCUCAUCUGCUUCCCAGUCAGCAGAUGAUGCAGAUUUAGACCCAUGUAUUGGUGAGCUUCCUCCACGGGCCUUACUUGAACGCCUUGCCAGAGAACUUCGCCGUCGUCUAGGGCUUCAUCUGUUCAACUUGGAUAUGAUUCGUGAGCAUGGAACCAAGAAUCGGUUUUAUGUAAUCGAUAUAAACUAUUUUCCUGGGUAUGGUAAAAUGCCAGAAUACGAGCAUAUAUUUACCGAUUUUCUUCUGAAUUUGGCGAAAAGCAAGUACAAAAAACGGUCUGGCAGCGUAUCGUAAAGGGUUUAUCGCCAGAUUAUAAUAAAGUUGGGUCGCUAACAAGAAGCUGGAAGUGGUUAGAACCUGAAGUUAACCAACCGUGAAGUUGUGGCCAAACAUGCAGAAAAAGUUGUGAGAUUCAACUGGUUUUCUUGAUGUUAUUGCUGAAGAAAGAUGAGGAGUUUAUGCAUUCUGACGUCUUUUAAAUGUAGCAGCAAAUGGUGAACCAACAGUUUGCAUGUGUUGUAGAUAUUUGAUUUGGAAUUUGGUCAUGGUGACUUUAUAUAUACGCUUUCUUACUGCAUUUAACCAAUUUGAUCGUGUGUUUUUUUA